AACACGAUGUUCUCUGUAAGUCCGUUGAUAUUUGUCUUUGCGAGUUUCUUUUUACCCUGGACGUUGGGUGUGAGCGAGACAUUGUACACUAACCCAUUGGACAGGAGCAAGCGACAAGUUCUCUUAUGGCCGAACUCUACUGUGCUACAAUUCAACGCAGGUAUCUCAGCACCGAGUCCAGCCAAAAACAUCAAUUUUAACUUCGCGUUUCAAGCAAAUUUCCAGUUACCAUGGAACCGAACGCAAAUCCCUACUGAUAUUUUGGUAGCUAAUUCUGGAUACGAUGGAACAACAAGAAAGAAAAGGGAAGCAAAUGAAGGGAGAGAGACAGGAGGCUAUGAAAACGAUGCAAGGCUGUAUCACUUCUACAAGUACGUGGAGGAUGUUUUGAAUGGUUUCGGGUACCACGGAGAAUCGUGUGUGAGACGAGUUCUUUGUCAAUUGGCAGCUGAACCUUUACACUCGAACGAUGAAGAAGAUCUUCUGCAUGAACUAGCUAGUUUUGUUUUGAACCCAACGAAUGACGUCAUCGACCACCCAUCGCAUCGAAGAGAAAGCCGCUCGUAUAUAGAUGCUUAUACCAAAGGACAGAAAGCACAAAACUGCUCCAAACUCUACCAUAAAUGCUCUAUGUCACUUAUCGAUAUUUUUACUAAACUGCAUGAAGUUUCAUAAUCUAUUGAUAUAUCAUUAACCUUAAUAAGGCACCGCGCAGACGUUAUCAAGGCCACGAAACAUGACAAUAUAGCGGCCACUAUCAAUAUCUAUUUCAAUUUAAUUCGGUUAUUGAAUUAAAAAUGGAUUUAACUAAAUUACUAAGUUGAUCAUAUAAAUCAAUGUCCCGUUGCAACUAUUUUGUUGUGUCUCGUUUCACUUGUAACUGCGCGGUGGUUGAAUGCAUUUAUUGUUUGUAAGGUUCAGACCCUUUUAAGAUGAUAGGUUUUUAUAUGUGUAUGUUUUUAUUUCAAUAUUACAACGUGCUGUUAAAUAUCAGAGUGUUCACCACAACAAUGUGUAUAGAAUAAUAUGAUCUCUAUGAGUAUAACUCAACAUACUUUAUUUAAUUUUUUUUAUACGUGC